AUGAACAAGUACAAUAGGAGGAGGCGUAGCAAACACUCGGAGGGAGAACUGCCGGAGGAAGAACUGCCGGAGGAAGACGUGCUGGAGGAAUUCCUGCGGGAGUUGAAGGAGGAGGAGUUGGAGGAAGAGCCCGAAUAUCGAAGCAACGCAUACCUUGGAUGGGACUUCAAUACCGCUAUUUGGGAAAUGGCCAUGAAACGAUACAAUUUAGGACAAGAAUCUACCAGCUUGCUUAACAUCAUGUCGGAUAUUACCUCAAAUCAUGAAUAUACAUUUGCACUUGAAUGA